AAACUAGAUCCGUAAAAUUUGCGAGUAAGUAGAUGUUUUCGUGAAUACAUUAACCUAAAUCCUCUCUCACUGGCCUUCCGAUGAAAAUUAUUGAAAAAAAAAAAUAAAUGUGAUAUCUAUGGUUAGUAGCGAGUGAGAAAUAUGUAUAGAUUCCCUGUGUAUAACGUUCUUAAUUGUCCGGAGAAUCUGACAUCUAUAGAAGAAUCGGCUUCGAAAAUAAACUGUACAAACACGAACUUUUACUACUGCAUUCCUAACUACCAGAAGUCGUCCCAUGUAGAGUUCUGCUAUGAUCGGGAACCUUCGCUUUUCGAAAGUGGAAAUUGUUUGCAGUUGGCAGGAGCUGGAUAUUUGAAUCAAGACAGCUGCACACUGUUCACUUCCGGAUGCCCAACUGAGCAUUUUCCCGGAAAUUCAAUAUACAAGUUUGAAGAAUGCCAAAAUAUCGAUACCAUACAUCGUUGUUACCGUGCAGAUCCAAACUGUACAGAAUCAACGAGUUUGACGACGAUACAGCCGUCAUUUGUCACGCAAGGUGUUUCAACGUCACAUUCCGUAUCAACAUAUCACUAUGACGUAAAUUCACGUAACACAACUGACGACUUGACGAAGAACACAGAGGCCGAUCUCUACGUAAUCAUAGUCGUAGUUUUUAUAUUUCUAGUCAUGGCUGUUGGCGGUUUUGCGUUUUUUAUACGGCGCCGGAGAAGAAAACAAACUGCGAAAAUAACUCAGGGCACUGCCUUCGAACUACCGUUGCUGCAUUCACAUGUGAAUAGUAGUGUAACAACAAAAGGACCCAGUAGCAGCCAAUUAGUCAUCGCAAUUAGGCAAUGUAUGAAUGGACUGUAUAUAUUCAUACCAUGGAACUCGAAUUUAUCAAAUAUUAUGUGGACCAAAAAUGAAUCAGCCAUUGAUAUAUCUAACGGAGAGAAAUAUAAAACUGGAAAAGACAGCACGCCCAUGCUGAUUAUCAAUGGUGCGACCUCGGAGGAUAGUGGAAAAUACUCAUGUAUGGGAACGUCGUUAGGACAUUCUGUCGUGAGCAGGCCUAUUCAUAUAGGAAUAACUCCUGUACGCCUCAAAAGUCCUUCAGCCGUUAAUGUUGGGGAACCUUUAUCAAACCAUUGGGAUUGGCUGUAUUUGAAACCAGACACAACUUCUGAAUCUGCGACUAGUGACCUUGACCUCUACACCGUCAUGAUCCCAGAACCCCAUGUACAGGAUCAAGAUUGUACUCACCUUAAGGGACAAGAAGAACGACAAGAAUAUGAUUUGUUUAGCAGGAUAGGUUUCAACUCAAUCAAAAGGUACCUCCAUUUCUGGCUUCUCUUCUGCGAAGGAGGCUGCGUGGAUCUGGAAAACAAGGAUCACUCGGGUGUUCCUGAAGGACUUGACGCCUUCACCAAAGGUCCAGAUGCAGAACCUAUCCCAGAUAAUAUAAAAUCUGACUGCUCCACAUAUGAUAGCAUGAUUUGUACGGGGACCCAGUUGUCAUUUACCUCUGAUGAAGUUGAGAGACAGAGUCUCUGGGCUUAUAUUCAACCUUAUUUUUCAAAAAAACUUUCCAUUUCCUUUUUGGAUAACCCCAGUUGA